AUGGCUCAGCAGGGCGUGUGCUGGGGUGUCGAUGGCAAGCAGUGGACCAACAACAAACAGUGCCCAGGUUCCUCGGCGUGUUGUGGUGAGAGGGCAACUUGCAUGCCAAAUCGACUCUGCAAGAACAAAGGACAGGGAGAGAAUGAGUUCGUGAGAGGUCCUUGUGCCGUUGCACCAUACGAUAAGAAGAAAUGUGCCGCCAUCUGUCUUUACGAGGAGAGGAACAACCGAUUCCCGCGCGUAAAACGAUGCGAAGAUGGCAGCUACUGCUGUUCAGAAGACGAUCCUGGAUGUUGCGCAGGUAAACGAGGUGUCUUUCUUGAUUCGAAAGGCAAUAUUGAGAACGACGUGACCUCUUCAUCCGCGUCUUUGAUCGAGACCACCUCUUCAGCUGAGACACCAUCAUCUACAGUCAUUGCGGCCUCCACGACGACGUCCUCCGAUCUAAGCCCUACGUCAGACGAGACGGAAGAAGCGAAUACUGGGACGACCGACAACAGCCAGGGCAUGAAGAUCGGACUUGGUGUUGGCGUUCCGGCCGCUGCCAUAAUCGCUGGGCUAUCUGUCUGGCUCUUCUUUCGCAAAAAGACAGCCAAGGAUCAAGACCAGAGUACUACCGCUGCUUCGCAUCCCCCGAUGUACCAUUACCCACAACCAGGAGGUCCGCCAGACGUUUCCCAAGCACACCGAUACCAGCAAUGGUAUCAUCAGGCAUAUGGGCACUAUCCAGGGGUCAGCGACCAAAGAACCAAGUCCCCUUCAACAGUACAGGAGCCCCAAGGCUGA